UUUACAAGUAUAAUAUAAUAAAAAAGUAUAAGGACAUUUAAAAAUAUUAAUGAAAAUUAAAAAAUUAUUUUGAAAACCAGAAAAACCUAACAAUAUAUUCAAAAUCUUUUAUUUGAAAUUGUGAAUAGUUUGGUAACAUUUUUAGUGGAUUAUUUAAAUUUAAAUAAGUAAAGUAACUCUUUUGAUAGUGAAAACUUAAUUCAAAUCGUCAAAGUUUCACAAUUACACUUUUUGGGAUUAUUCAUUCAAUUCGUAUUUGAAUUCGUUCAUUUGACAACUUUGACACAUUCUUUUUUUGAAUUGGAAAUACAUUUGAUUGUCAAUUUUUGUUUUAGAAAUCAAUAAAUUAACAACUGCAUCAAUGUCUCUUGCAAGUUUACAAUUUGCUGAUUUACGUGCUCCAUUAGGACGUAACAGCUUAAGCGUUUCAUCAUCAUUAUCUGAUUUGGUUGGAAGUCCAUUAGAAAUUUCAAUGGAUAAUGUAUUAACAAUUGAAGAAUUACGUGCCCAAAUGGGAUCAUGUUUUAGUUGUGGUGUUUCAUGGACCGAUGAUCAUGUUUCAUUGGAUUGUAGUGAAUGCGGUGGUUAUAGUCUUGAAAGACCAUGCCCAUUAUGUGAUGGAAAAUGUGGUGUUCAAUGGAAACGUGAUUUUACAAUGUCUCAUGCAAGCGGUAAAGCUCGCUGGUUAGGUGUUUGUCCAAGUUAUCCAGAAUCAUCAUUGAAUGCAACAACUCAAUUAACAGCACCAACAGCAGCUGUAACAACACAAUCAUCAGUUAACAUUAAUGGUGCUAAUGGUGCUAAUACCAAUGCAACAAGUAAUAUUGUUGCUGCAGCAGCUGCUGCUGCUGCUGUUGCUGCAACAGCAAAUUCAACAUCAAAUACAAUUGUAUGUGGUACAGCGAAUCAAUUAUUAUUAGCUCAAGAGCUGUGUGCGCGUCUUGAACAACUUUCGGCCAGUGCUCAAACAUAAUUAAUAAUAAUUAGAUUUAAAUGCCAAGACAACCAGAUAUACAUAAUAUUAAUGGAAAAAAUUCAACAAAAAACAAAAAAAAUAAA